AUUUUAUAAAAUUUAUAUAUCUUUUUUACUAACAAUAUUAUAUUUCGCUAUUAGAUUACUCGUAUAGAUGAAGAAUGCAUCAAUUCAUUAUUAACUUUGGAAUAUUUAAGUUUACUAAGUCAAGUAAUACCAAAUGAAAAAAGUACUGGGAUUAUUUAUGGACAAGUACCUCAUCAUGACAUUAAACUAUCAAAAAAAUUUAACAAAAAUAUCAAAACUAACAAUAGCAUUGUUGAAGAAUCAUGUGAAGGUCUACCAACUAUUGAUGAAAGAAUAUAUAUGAUGCAUUUUUCUUUUGAUACAUUAAAUAUAUUACCAAAAUGUCAACAAGCUGAACUUUUGUUUUCAAUGUUUGCUGAUGAUACGAUUAACAAUGACAAAGAAAAAAGAAGUGCAAACAAGAUACUAAUGGACAAUUUUUUAGAACAUAUGAAACAAUUACACAAUAAAGAACUUUUAUUAACUUCAGCUGAAUCACAAAGAUUCACAAAAAUGCUUCUUGAUAGACGUAGAAUUGGUGGUCCUCUUUUACCAUUUUUUUCUCAAAAAGAUAAACUUUCUUCAAAUAUUGAAUCUAAUUCUUAUCCACGUUGGAAAUGUUUUAUCAAAGGAAUUAGCACAACUCAUGUAAUUAUCACUAUUUUACCUGCAUCAGAAAAAGAUGUGCGUUUGUUCAUAUCUCCUUUACAUAUUGAAGAACAUUUAGAAAGCAAUUUAGAACAAAAUUCUGAAUCUGUUAUAUUUAAUAUGGAUUUAUGCGAAAAUACUUUGUGCUCGAAAGUUUCCACAAUGGACAUUAAUAUAACUGAUUAUUCACAAAAUGAUGAAUCGAAAUAUAAUCAGUGUAUCGAAAACAACAUCUCAGAAACAGAUGCACAAAAAAAAUUUCAUGAUUCUGAAGAAUCUCUCGUUAUUCCAGUUUACAUAUAUGAUUGUUCGUUGGCUUUGUUAAUUGAUACAUUGGUCGAUAAAUUAAAAAUAUCUCAUAAUAAAGACAUUUAUCAAAAUCACACGUUCAAAGUUGGUCAACAGAUCUGUAAAGAUUUUGUCGAAUUGAAAUCUGAUUAUAAUUCGAAACCUUCAACCCCAGAACCAAAGAGCGAAGAUUCCGAUAAUACUUCAAGUGGUAAGUAAAAAUAUAGACAACAUUGAUUUGAAAAUAUUAUUUUCUCAUAAUAACAUUUAGUUAAAAUAC